AUGGCAACCAGAAAAGGAAAAACUCCGAAAUUGGAUGAUAAAAAAGGCAAAAAGUCGGAAGAUCCGACGCCUGUUGAAGAUAAGAAAGAGCUUGAUGAUAUAGCAACUACUGAAGGUGGGCCCACUCCUGAAGUUGAGGAGCCACCUCCAAAGGAACCAACACCAGAGCCAGUUUAUGAUGAGCCCACACUCACUGAAUUGAUUGUUGAAAGUUAUGAUGGAGAAAAAGAGAAAGGACUUUACGAAGGGGAUGGAAAAGCUGACUUCACAGGAGGCCAUCUCUAUGAGGGCAAUUUUUCUGAAGGUCUCAUGCAUGGAAAAGGGAAGUACACUUGGGCAAAUGGAGUUAUCUUUGAGGGAGAAUUCUUCAGAAAUCAAGUGACGGGAAAAGGCGUUUACACCUGGCCUGAUGCUAGUACCUAUGAUGGUGAUGUUGUCAACGGCAUUCGACAUGGCUUUGGAACGUUUAAAACAAGAGAUGAGAGACUGAGUUAUACUGGAGAGUGGUUCAAUGGAAAGCGACAUGGAAAGGGCCGUAUCAACUACGACAGAGAUGGCAAUUCAUAUUAUGAAGGCGACUGGUGUAAGAACAUUCGUCACGGUUGGGGCACCAGGCGUUAUCCCUCGGGGAAUCUUUACGAGGGCAUGUGGUUCAACAACAUACGUCAUGGCGAGGGAACCAUGAGAUGGUUGGACCGUGACGAGAUGUAUAAUGGAAAAUGGGAAGAUGGCAUUCAGCAUGGCCUUGGUCAACACAUCUGGUUCCUGCGGCGAGUUGGUGGCUCCCAGUAUCCUCUUAGGAAUAUGUAUGAUGGCGAGUUCGUUAAGGGGGUGCGCGAUGGUUUCGGAAUCUUCUAUUACGCCAACGGAGCCAAGUAUGAAGGUUGCUGGAAGGAUAACAUGAAGGAAGGCAAGGGGAAGUUUGUUUUCAAGAAUGGUCGCAUAUAUGAGGGUAACUUUGAGAAGGACCACAUUUGUGAGUUUCCGUCGUUUACUAUGGAUGGUAUCAAUACCCCUGAUAUGACGAUGAUCCGGACAAGGACGCCCCUUCCCACAGAGGCCAUGUCAGUCCACAGCAAUGCGAGUAAGAACACCAUGAGCCCCAGCUUCCAGCUCGAUAUCGACUCGCUGCUUCAGGAUCUGGUUGACAGAGAUCAAGAGGAGGAAGGAAGACAGGUCAUGUAUGUUGUAAUGCGUCAUGUGACAAACUUGCGUAAGAUCUACAAUUUCUACAGCACCCUCGGUUACGAUGCCAGUCCGGAUAACACGUUCAUUAUGAUUAGGAUGCAGUACUGGAGAUUCCUGAAGGACUGCCGGUUCCAUCAUCACGACUUGUCGCUGACUGAAAUGGACCGCUUGACAAAUACUGAAGUGGAUGUGAUGAACCUUCAUAAUCCCGAUCAACAGAUCCUGUUCCGGGAAUUCGUCAAUUACAUCGUUAUCCUGGCGUACCAUAUCUACCGUGAAGAAUACGAUGGUCCUGAUCCAUUGCUUGCCUGGUGUUUGUCAAAACUGAUCGCCGACAACAUUCUACCCAACGCCUGCCACGUGAAUGGCUACUUCUACAACGAGACGAGGCGAGCAGUCCAUGCACUGGUACACUUUUCCCAAGCGUACGAGGUGUACAUGUGCCUGUGUACAUCGAGGAAGCACAUACCACAUGAGCCUGUCCUUAAGAUGAGACAGUUCCUAUUCAUGCUACAGGAUUAUAAACUUGUGAAUGAGGACCUCACUCCAAAGGCGAUCAUAGAAAUCCUAGCCUUUGAUGAUCCAAGCGUCUGUGACGAGGACGGAGCCAUCAACCUCGAACUUGAGAUGACUUUCCUUGAGUUCUUCGAAGCACUGGUUGGUUGCUCCGAGCGCUAUGUGACAGAGUUGGUCGUGAAGGACCCGAGUACCCCCAGGCCAAGCACCAUACUUACCAGGGAGCAAAGUAUGAUGUCUCUUCCCUUGUCGCCUUCAAGAGUUGCAAGUCAGGGAGACGAUCAACAUGAGAAUGGCACCGGAAAUGUCACCCCUCAAAUCUCUAUCACUCCUGCAAUGUCUUCCCCAACCAGAGUCCUAUCGUCUGCUGGUACAACGCAUAAGACGGCAGAUGGGAAAACUGAGGGUCACCCGUCUGUGUCGGGGCAUGUGCCGGGUGGCUCAGAUGCCCCCACGGGUGCAGCCAGUCAACACACAACUACCCACGGGAGUGCAAAACAGGCACAUUCAGAGGCAGGUGUUGACCAGAAGAAGAGUGCCUCAUUUGUGAGCUCAAAUGCCGGAGAAGAGCCAGAUGGAAUGGGUCGGAGCAUGGCGUCUAUGACUGCACGUUCCGAGGCCAUGGAAUCCGAUGUUGGAGAAUCCGUCCAAGAUGAGGGGGAAGAAGAGGAAUUGGAUGAAGCAACACGGCAGUUUAACUUUUGGACGCAUCAAGUUCAUAUAUUCUUUGUCAGGAAAUUCUUUGCAAUUGCACAAAAGAUUGCAAUACUCAAGUCCCUGGUCACAAAAACUAUGAUCGAGAAAAAACGGCAGGCGGAAUUGGAUGCGCGGAAGGCUGAGGCUGAGGCGGCCCUGGCCGCUCAGAAGGCUGCUGCAGCGGAGGAGAUGGCAGCCACAGAGGUCGACGAUGCUGCCAGCGGCAUUGAGAAGGUUGUCUCCUUGGACGGGUCGAAUACGGACAAUCCAGAAAUCACUGUGGAGAGUUAGACAUAUUAUCAGUUCAGUCCUUGGGUUCAGACUCAUUAGAAAAGAAAUCUUUUUGAGUCAUCUCUGGUAAAAUGUGCGGCCAAGUGUGGACCCAGAUAUCAUCUGAAAGGUGGAGACUUUAAAAAGCCUUCAGGUGACCCAGGUUGUUGCGAGUCGGAUACAUCAUGAUCGACCUUGUCACCACACCGCUAGUGCUGAGCACAAUGCCUGAAUCAUCGCGACUCUCGCGGUCUCCUACUCCCUUUAAAUAUAGAGUAUGAAAUGUAAGAACAAUGUUGGUCAGGAUGUGCAUGAAUACUUAUGGAAUUUUGUAUCCGUGAUAGAGUCACGUGUUUAUUUUCCAGAAAUAGAAACCGUUUUGACGUAUCCGACUUGCACUGCCUGGACGUGAACACUUGUUAAAAAGCUGAUGAUAACGAAUUUCGAAUUGUUUAGUUUGUAACAUUUUUGGAUAUUUUUGUUGAU